CAGCGGCAGCUCUGAGCAUGAUAUGGUGUAAGCUAUUUCUUCAAGAUUGGACAGCUGAGGACCUGGUAUUUCUGAUUAGCCUUCAGCAGACUUAUAGCCAUAGAGAAACCUCAGAGAGUUCCGUAUCUUGUUUUCUGCUUUACACCUUUCCUGGCACCUGAAUUCAUCUUGCAACCAUGUAUGGAAGUGCUCGCUCAGUUGGGAAGGUGGAACCAAGCAACCAGAGCCCUGGGCGAUCACCUCGGCUUCCACGUUCCCCUCGCUUGGGUCAUCGUCGAACCAAUAGUACAGGAGGGAGUUCUGGAAGCAGUGUCGGAGGUGGCAGUGGGAAAACCCUUUCAAUGGAGAAUAUCCAGUCCUUAAAUGCUGCCUAUGCCACUUCUGGCCCUAUGUACCUAAGUGACCAUGAAAAUGUGGGUUCAGAAACACCUAAAAGCACCAUGACACUUGGCCGUUCUGGAGGACGUCUGCCUUAUGGUGUGAGGAUGACUGCUAUGGGCAGUAGCCCCAAUAUAGCUAGCAGUGGGGUUGCUAGCGACACCAUAGCAUUUGGAGAGCAUCACCUGCCGCCUGUGAGCAUGGCAUCCACCGUUCCUCACUCUCUUCGUCAAGCAAGAGAUAACACAAUCAUGGAUCUGCAGACACAGCUGAAGGAAGUAUUAAGGGAAAAUGAUCUCUUGCGAAAGGAUGUGGAAGUAAAGGAGAGCAAAUUAAGUUCUUCAAUGAAUAGCAUCAAGACCUUCUGGAGCCCAGAGCUGAAGAAAGAACGAGCCCUGAGAAAAGAUGAAGCUUCCAAAAUCACUGUUUGGAAGGAACAGUAUAGAGUUGUGCAGGAGGAAAACCAGUUUGAGAUUGGGGAUUUAGACACAUUCUAA